AUGUUUUUGGCCAUAGCUGGGUUCAAUAGUUUCUUCAUUGCCAUCAAGGUUGUGAAGUACGUCGGCAAUCUGAGCUCCAUUCGAGUGUUCAGUAACACUCUGUGGGAAGGGAGGCACAAGAACUUCGGCUUUUUGGUAAUCCUCGUGCUGCUGAUGGCCGGCUUUGGCGUGUUCAUACAUUCGUAUUUUGGUGUCCAGGUCUACGAAGUCCACACUCUGACUGACGCGUCGUACACGCUCUUCUUGUGUAUGCUCGGUCAGCUCGACCUCGAACCGUACAUGGAGAAAGACCUGCCAGUGGCUAUGGUGUUCUAUUGCGUCUACAUUAUACUUUUCUAUUUUAUAGCCAUCAAUAUGUUCCUCGCGACAAUGUUGAAUACAUACUCUGAGGCCGAGGGGCAGGCGGGUAUUAUGAAAGUCAAAGAGGAGGUAGCAAGGGAGCAGUACAUCAAAAGGGUAGCGUACGAUGACGUAGCAGAGCUGGAGAUGGAUGUCGUGCUCGAACUCCGGAAAAACGAGUGGGUCGUCGCAGAGGUGAAGCGGGACGACGGCGAGGCGUCAAAGAAGGGCGUCCAGCCCGGAGCCAGGGUCCUUAAGGUCAACCGGCGCAGGCUCAACAAAGGAGAUGUGCGCCAUCGAGAUGCGAUAGACAUGAUCAACGAUGUUGCACCGCCCGGGAGGGUCGUCAUCACGUUCGCGGACCCUCUUCUGAAGCGGUCCAGCGCCUUCUUCGGCAAGUCCCCGGGGAAGAGAAAGGCCACCGUCCGCGGCUUCUGGCGGCACCAAGGAGCGGUGGCCUGGAUCGCCGAGCAGGAGGCCGCAGCGGUGCCCCAGGCGGAUCAGAUGGACGAGGCGGAGCUGUGCGCCCGUCUGGACGACCUCUCCGACUCCUCGGACAACUCGGACGGCGACGGUGACACGGGCAAGCGGCGCGCGAGCGUUGGCGCCCCCGCCGCGGCCUCCGCCGGCCUGGAGGACCUCCAUGAGGUCGACGACGCCGCAAGGCAGCUGCAGGAGAGGGAGAAGGAGGAGAUGCGCGGCAAGCUCGUGAAGCUGCGCACCAAGAAGCGGCUCGACGCGCUCAUGUUCUCGCGCUGGGGGCACGGGGAGCACAGGGGCCAGCAGGUCCAGUUCCGGCACGGCGCCUACAGGGACCCGGACGGCCCCGCACCCCAGUCCGAGGGCGCUCGCGACGGGGGCUCGGCGGAAGACAAGGGCGCCGAGCAGGACGAGGCGUGGUCCGACCAGGACAUUGAUGACCUGGCCGAGGAGUUGAACAGCGAACCCACGGGGCCCGAGCUGUGGCUGGACUGCCUCAUGGGCGCUCUGGAGCACGAAAUGCUGGACGAGAGCGUCAUAGCGGAGGUGCUGCGCACGAGCGACUUGCCGACCGACGAGGAUCUGAAAAGCGGGAAGGCGGGCGCUCUGGCGAGCUUGCCGCAGCUGGAGAAGUUCAGGGCGCGCGCCCAGACCGUGCUUAGGAUUCUCGAGUUCAAGGCGCACAAGAAGUACUACCACGCGCUCCUUAAGGAGAGCGAGCGGCGGCAGCGGCAGCUGCAGAGCCAGAACGAGGUGCUGCACGAGUACGCCUGCGAGCUCGAGGAGGAGUUCAGAAAGCUCAUGCAGAAGAAGAGCGACCUCUCCGCCACCAAGAAGGGACUGCUCACCAAGCUGGCCGGCCUGCUGGCUGUGCCGUACGACACACCUCGUGGCCACCACGAGCAGCCUGGGCACCACCACCACCACCACCACCGCCACCACCAGCAUCUCCACCCUCACAGCGCGCAGCGCAGCGACGCCCACGGCUAG